ACGUGGUGCCUUCCGCCGCCGUAGCGGGGCGCUGUGCCGCGCGCUGGGGCCGGAAAUUCCCGCGGCCUGAGUGGCGGCCGGAGCCUGAGCGAGGAGCGCAGCACCGCCGCCCUCCUCCUCCUCCUCCGCCUCCUCCCCGCGCCGGGCGGGGGCCGGACUGGCUGAGUGGGUGGGGGGACCCGCCGCGGCCCGCAGCUGCAGCGGGCGGGGAGCGCGGACGGCGCAGCGGCUCCUCCCCAGCCGCCCGGCUGAGCCCCCGGCGUCCCCGCCUCCUUCCCUCACACACCCCCCGGGCCCCAGGCCUUCCCAGCGCUCCGCCUCCUCCCUCGGCACACUCGCCGCCACCGGGGUUCUCCUGCCGCGCACCGGCCUGGCCACCUCCGGAGCGCGUCCUCCUCCUCCUGUGGCUCUCGUUUCACACACGCGCGCGCCCUCGCUCGCUGGGCCGCCCGUUCUUCCCCAGCCGUCCUCAUCCUCCUCGUCCUUUAAAGGCCGCCGUCGGGGUGGGGGGAGGAUUGAUGUCCCUUCAGCAUCAUGCAGCCACCGCCGAGGAAGGUGAAAGUUACACAAGAACUGAAAAACAUUCAAGGUGAACAGAUGACAAAACUUCAAGCCAAACAUCAAGCAGAAUGUGAUUUGCUUGAAGAUAUGAGGACAUUCAGUCAGAAGAAGGCUGCUAUUGAAAGAGAGUAUGCACAGGGUAUCCAGAAGUUGGCUAGCCAGUACCUGAAGAGAGAUUGGCCUGGAAUAAAAGCUGAUGAUCGAAACGAUUACAGGAGUAUGUAUCCUGUUUGGAAAUCUUUUCUGGAGGGAACAAUGCAGGUAGCCCAGUCACGGAUCAAUAUAUGUGAAAACUAUAAAAACUUCAUUUCAGAGCCUGCAAGGACAGUAAGAAGCUUAAAAGAACAGCAACUAAAAAGGUGUGUGGACCAGUUGACAAAGAUCCAAACAGAAUUACAAGAGACCGUGAAAGAUUUAGCUAAAGGCAAAAAGAAAUACUUUGAGACUGAACAGAUGGCUCAUGCAGUAAGAGAGAAAGCUGACAUCGAGGCAAAGUCUAAACUUAGUCUUUUUCAAUCAAGAAUCAGUUUACAGAAAGCAAGCGUAAAGUUAAAAGCCCGGCGUUCUGAGUGUAACUCCAAAGCUACCCAUGCAAGGAACGAUUACCUUCUUACACUAGCAGCAGCAAAUGCACAUCAGGACCGCUACUAUCAAACAGAUUUAGUUAACAUUAUGAAGGCUCUUGAUGGAAAUGUGUAUGAUCACCUCAAGGAUUAUUUAAUAGCCUUUAGCCGGACUGAGCUAGAGACUUGCCAAGCUAUACAGAACACAUUCCAGUUUUUAUUAGAAAACUCCAACAAGGUGGUACGGGACUAUAACCUUCAGCUGUUUUUACAAGAGAAUGCUGUGUUUCAUAAGCCUCAGCCCUUCCAGUUCCAGCCUUGUGACAGUGAUACUAGUCGACAGUUAGAAUCCGAAACUGGGACCACAGAGGAACAUAGUCUAAAUAAAGAGGCUCGGAAGUGGGCCACACGUGUGGCCCGUGAGCACAAAAACAUUGUUCAUCAGCAACGGGUUCUGAACGAUCUGGAAUGCCAUGGAGUUGCUAUAUCGGAACAAAGUCGAGCAGAGCUGGAGCAGAAAAUAGAUGAAGCUAGAGAAAAUAUCCGUAAAGCAGAGAUAAUUAAGUUAAAAGCUGAGGCCCGGCUGGACCUCCUGAAGCAGAUUGGUGUUUCUGUGGACACAUGGCUGAAGAGUGCCAUGAACCAAGUAAUGGAGGAGCUGGAAAACGAGCGGUGGGCCCGAGCUCCCCCUGUGACCAGCAACGGCACUCUACACUCGCUUACUGCAGAUACGGAAAGAGAAGAAGGAGAAGAACUUGAAGACAAUAUGGAUGUUUUUGAUGACAGCAGUUCCAGCCCUUCUGGCACCUUAAGAAAUUAUCCACUCACGUGCAAGGUUGUUUAUUCCUACAAGGCUUCUCAACCAGAUGAGUUGACCAUUGAGGAACAUGAGGUGUUAGAAGUGAUUGAAGAUGGAGAUAUGGAAGACUGGGUAAAGGCUCGAAAUAAAGUUGGCCAAGUGGGAUAUGUGCCAGAAAAAUACCUACAGUUUCCCACCUCAAACAGCCUACUGAGUAUGCUGCAGUCCUUGGCUGCUUUGGACAGUCGGUCACACACGUCCAGCAAUUCCACAGAAGCAGAACUUGUUACAGGCAGCCUCAAUGGAGAUGCCAGUGUCUGUUUUGUGAAAGCACUUUAUGAUUAUGAGGGCCAGACAGACGACGAGUUGUCUUUUCCUGAGGGAGCAAUCAUCCGCAUCUUGAACAAAGAAAACCAAGAUGAUGAUGGCUUCUGGGAAGGAGAGUUCAAUGGGCGAAUUGGAGUUUUCCCAUCGGUGCUAGUGGAGGAACUCUCAGCCUCAGAGAAUGGUGACACUCCAUGGAUGAGAGAGAUUCAGAUCUCUCCAUCCCCCAAGCCUCACACAUCCCUGCCUCUGCUGCCAUUGUAUGACCAGCCUCCAAGCAGUCCUUACCCCAGCCCAGAUAAGAGGACCUCUCAGUUCUUCCCCCGGUCUCCUUCAGCAAAUGAAAACAGCCUCCAUGCUGAAUCGCCAGGAUUCUCGCAGGCAUCAAGGCAGACUCCGGACACCUCAUAUGGCAAGCUACGGCCUGUCCGGGCAGCUCCCCCACCACCCACACAGAACCACAGACGGCCAGUGGAGAAAAUGGAAGAUGUGGAGAUCACACUGGUUUGACAAUGGGUUCACGUCCAUUACUGCUACAAUCAAGGCCAGGCUUGGAGUUUGGCCAGUCUUGUUUUUAGGCACCUUUGCAUGAUGAUGAUGACUGUUGAACAGAGCAAAACCAAGGUUUCUAUGUGACUGGUUGGCCUGAUUGUGCCUUUUUUGUUGUCAUUUUCUAUGUCAUCUCUCCUACCAUAGCACAAAUCAUAGCAGGUCCUAGAAGCAGAGAGGGGAGCCGCUCUCAUGCCUAACAGUGGCCUGUUUUUAUAUGAGACUCAAGGCCAGCCUGGUUCCAGGGCACAGACUCAGAAUUUCCGAUCAUGUGCACUCGUACAGUAUAUUACUGUGGCCACAAGGCUGUGGCAAAGAUUUCAUCUUUCUUCAAGUGGCUUUUCCUCAUCUGAUUAAGUAUUAAUCAGAUCAUGUUGGCUACAUAAGGAAACAGGAGGGAUUCAGGAGAGGCUGGCUCCUCCCCAAGUUUUAUCCCCAGACUGAAAGUGAAGCCUUACUGGGAAGAAAGUGGACUGCCUGAGCUUAGCGCCAAUUGCAUUAACACACAUCUCUUCUACAACUAACAGAUUCAAAACAAUAACAGUGUCCUUUGUAUUAAUAUUUAUGCCAUUCAUUUAGUAUUAGUGAGGCUAACCUGGAGGGGCUGAACUAGUAGCCACAUCUUGCCCAUCACAUAGACUAGUAGAAAGGAGGCUAUGGCAAAAGCAGAAAUGGAGCUUCCAGAUCUGAAACGAGCCACUUUAAUGUUCUUUUCCUCUUAGUUUUAUAGCAUAAUUCUCUUCUGUAUCCCUUAGAACUCAAGUGUCUGGGUAAAUUGAGAACACAGACCUCCAUUGCCGAGCUUCUCUGCUGGGAAGGCCCUUACAUUAUUUUAUUCCCAAGCCAGAGCACUGGCUGACAGCCAGGUUGUAGUUGGUGCAGAUCAGCUGUCACCUUCGGAAAGUGCAACUUCAGGUCCCACUGCCCCGACUUGCCUGAGGAAAAGAACCUAUGGGCCCUGGGGCAAACUAACUUCCUUUGGGAGAGUAGUGAGGACUGCACAACUGCACAGGUAAGACCCAGGAGACCAGUACCUCCUUCAGGUCACAGGAGACCCACAUGGUGUUCCCUGUGAUGGUGCCAGCAGGGUCCAUGGGUCUCUCCACUACUUGGACAGUAGGUUUGGGUGACCUAGGGAACUAAGAGAUGUUUUCCAUUUCUCUUUCACCUUGGUUCAGAAAUCCAGCUUACAGAAUUUAAAGGUUGUAUGAUGCUUUGAAAUUUCCAUCCCUCCUGAGAAUCUUUAAAAUCUUGAAAUGUUCAUCACAUGUCCCCAUGGGAUUUUUGGCUAAGGUCAGAGCUGAAGAAAUUUCAGUUGUUUAAUCACUUCAGUAAUGACACCUCUGAUGAAUCUCCUCCAUGACUCUGGGUUUUGAUUUUGAUUUGGGGUUUUUUGUUUUUUGGUUUUUGGUUUUUUUUUGCAUCUAUUAAUCUGUUGAUCUAUUUGAGGUCUUUUAUGUUUAUCAAACUUAUUCUUAAGUUUAAAAAAUUAAAAGGAUAGCUGAGUGUGGUGGCACAUGCCUUUAAUCCCAGCACUUGGGAGGCAGAGCCAGGCGGAUCUCUGUGAGUUCGAGGCCAGCCUGGUCUACGUAGCGAGUUCCAGGUCAGCUGGGGCUACAGGGAGACCCUGCCUCAAAAAGACCAAAAAAAAAAAAAAUUAAAAGGGUGGAUUUUAAAAGAUUUUUAAAUUUGCCAAUGUUACAGGUCUUCGAAUGCUUAUUAAAUAGAGCAGUUCUUGCCACCUAGUUAAUGUUCUCUUUAGCUAGCCAAAUUGUUCUUGAAUUUGAGUUUUCCACAACCUCAGAGUUAUUUGAACUCUUUUGUUAUGUUUUACCAUAUUUUUGGAAGAGCUGCUAAUUUUAUUUUAAAAAACAAAGUUGUAAAAAUAUGCCUUCUUUUUACAAAAUAACCCUUCCUUCCAGGACGCAUAACCCAGCGUCACCAAGCACAGAUUGGGGCUCAGAGGGAGCCUCCGUGCAGAUGCGCUUUCUUUACAGUGGCUGUAAAAAGUUUGUAUUUAUUAUGUAUAAAAUGUUGAAUAAUAAAAAAUGGAAUUAA